CUUCCUCAGCGAUGGGCUGCUGUGCUGGAUGACAGCUAUCCGGCGCCGAACACCGCCGGACCGCAGACUACUAGGGCCAUCAUGGCAGCCACGGGUGGAGGGAAAAUUAGGAGCAGGAGAUCUCACAUCGCUUCUAAACCCUAUGCCAAGAAUAAACAGCAGCAGACAGGCUUGAUCAGCCGAGUCACUGACACAGUGAAGAGCAUUGUUCCAGGAUGGCUGCAGAGAUAUUUUAACAAUGAAGGAGGUUCACCAGGAGCUGCUGUACAUGGAACUGAGCAGAACUGUGAGGUGACUCUUCCUCCAAAUGGCAGUGAAGAGGGUCCACGUCCUCUAGAUGGGCGACACUCCCCUGAGCCCAGCACCAGUUCAGCAGAGCCCUCGACGAGUCGUGCCUCCCUGAACUUUCAGGAGUAUGUGCUCUCACGGCCUCCCCUCAGCCGCUCUCAUCUCCACUUUCCCCCGAUGGACGCCUCAUCUCCAGCUCUUGGGACAUCCACUGGCCUCUUCUCCCAGCCUUCCACCUCCUCAGCCCCUGGACCUUUUUCAACAGGCUUCUCCUUGGUCAAAGAAAUCAAGGACAACCUCUCACAGCAUGAGCAUGAGGAUGAUAAUAUUUCCACAACUAGUGGCUUCUCAUCACGGGCAUCGGACAAAGAUGUUCCAAACUCUAAAACAGCAUCAAUUCCUCAGCUUUGGUCUCCUGAGACAGACCGAACAAACUCUGGUCCUCAGUCAUCGCAGGCUAGUCUGAAAAAGCCGUCAUUUAACCUGUCUGUCUUUGGCAACUCAUCUAAUUCUACAUUAAACAGCACAAUCUUAAAUUCAAGUCAGCUUGGAGACUCUCCAUUCUAUCCUGGAAAAACAACGUAUGGAGGCGCAGCUGCUGUCAGAAGUGCUCGAUCUCGUCCUGGGACACCUUACCAGGCCCCAGUGAGAAGACAGAUAAAGGCCAAACCGGCUGGUGCUCAGCCCUGUGGUGUGACGAGUGCCACUGCACGGCGUAUCCUGCAGUCUCUGGAGCGCAUGUCCAGUCCUUUAGCUGAUGCAAGGAGGAUCCCAUCAACAGCUGCAUCUUCUCUGUCAGCAUCACUGGAUGGCACAAAUAUAGAGGCUUCCCCAUUUCAAGCAAAAAAGAAACGGAUGGAAAACCUCCCACCAGUGCAGAAGCUGACGGUGCCCUCAGCAGCACCUUUGUCAACAAACCGCUCGGUGUCCUUCAAGCCCAGUCUCACCCCUGGGGCAGGGAGCCGAACAAUGGACAGGACCCUUAGGGACACACCAACAAGACAAUCGUCACAACUACCAGAAAUGACACCAUCUUUAAGCACAUUUGGUUCUGGUGCUCAAAUCUACCCCCUCUCCAGCACACCUGCAGCCAGUGCAGCGGUCUCUGGAGGGGGGAAAAUGAAGAGGGAAAGGAGCACUGCACGACCCUCCUCAAAACGUCAAGAUGAUGAUGAGAUUGCUGAGGCACCAGACCUGCCUGCCAUUUCACUUCCGAUAAGCAGCUCUGCACUGCCUACCUUCACUUUCUCCUCUCCCGUGCCUCCUACAACCACCACCACAUCCAGCCCCGCCCCCACCACACUGACUGGAACACCUGUCAAAGAAAGUAACAAACUUGUGAAUAAGGAAUCAACCGUAGCUUCAACUCCACCCAGUGUACCAUUCACAUUUUCUUCACCCAUUGUUAAAGCAACAGCUGCUAGUCCACCUUCCUUUUCCCCUACGGCUGGAUUUACCUUCAGUGCACCUGUAGCAAAGUUGGGGCCCUCUAUGUCAAAUGGCAACCCCAGUGCACCAGUCUCAGCUUCAGUGAAACCAGUAACAACCAAAAGCACAGAAGAGUUUGAAGGACCCUUCAAACCAGCAAAGACCCUAAAGACAGGCAGUGUACUGGAUCUACUCAAAGAUCCGGGCUUUUCUUCUCCUGUCACGCCUAAGGCAUCAGCUGCAGAUGUGACUUCAAAGACACCAACCCCUUCCUCAACUUCCACAAGCUCCUCUUCAUCAGGACUAUCAGACCUUUUCAAACCGCAGCCAGGCUGGAGCUGUGACGUCUGUUUGGUGCGGAACAAACCUACAGACAUGAAAUGUGUGUGCUGUUCAGCUCCUCAGCCCAACACCUCUUCUCUGAAACCCUCUGAGAGUAAACCAUCUGCACCUCCCUCCACGGGCAUUAACUCCUCCUCUGUAGGGUUCGGAUCACUCUUCUCCAAACCAGCGGGAACCUGGGACUGUGACACAUGUCUGGUUCAUAAUAAACCAGAGGCAGUGAAGUGUGUGGCUUGUGAAACGGCGAAGCCUGGGACUGGACUCACGUCAUCUCUUACUCUUCCUUCUGCUUUCUCGGCUGUUAAAACUGUUUCCCCGAGUCCAGAGCCUGUUUCUACAGGAACAGUUGGAUUUGGAGAUAAGUUUAAAGCACCUGAAGGCUCAUGGAAAUGUGACAUAUGUAUGGUGCAGAAUAAGGCAGAGGACUCAAAGUGUGUGGCCUGCACAACGCUUAAACCUGGAGUGUCUGGAACAACCACAACAGCGCCCCCAGUGGCAAUAUCCUCUGCAGCGCCAUCAUUAACCAGUAAUACUUCUGUGUUUGGCUUCGGGGACAAGUUCAAACCACCCGAAGGCUCAUGGAAGUGUGACAUAUGUAUGGUGCAGAAUAAGGCGGAGGACUCAAAGUGUGUGGCCUGUACAACUCCUAAACCUGGAGCAUCAGGAACAACCACAGCAGCACCUCCAGUGGCUGUUUCCUCUGCAGCACCAACAUUAGCCAGUAGUACUCCUGUGUUCGGCUUUGGGGACAAGUUCAAACCACCCGAAGGCUCAUGGAAAUGUGACAUAUGUAUGGUGCAGAAUAAGGCAGAGGACUCAAAGUGUGUGGCCUGCACAACACCUAAACCUGGAGCAUCAGGAACAACCACAGCAGUGCCCCCAGUGGCUGCCUCCUCUGCAGCACCAUCAUUACCAUCAUUUGCAGACCAGUUCAAGAAGCCUGAAGGCUCAUGGAAAUGUGAUGUUUGUUUAUUGUGUAACAAAGCUGACGAUGUCCAGUGUGUUGCUUGUCAGGCACCCAAACCUGGAGCCAAAGUGGAGCCCAAAGCCUUUGGUACAUCCUUUGGCUCAUCAGCAACUGAGACGAGCAGUUCCUCUCCUUUUGGUUCUUCUGGCUCCAGUGGUAUUAAGUUUGGCACAACGGACAGCAGCUCAACAGGAUCUGGAGGCUUCAAAUUUGGAGGUUCAUUCCCAGAUUCUUCAUCAACAUCGGGUGGAUUCAAAUUUGGGACCUCUUUUGGAAGCUCCUCUGAAACUAAAGACACUACUGCUUCAUCAGGGUUUAAAUUUGGCACUUCAUCUGAGGGUUUUAAAUUUGGGACUUCCUCUACUGAUGACAAAAAAUCUGAACAACCUGCUGCCACUUCUGGGUUUAAAUUUGGAAGUGGAAGUGGGAUAAGUUUUGGCACUGGCUCCUCUAGCACAGAAAAUGGCUCAUCUAAAGGGGGCUUCACAUUUGGACUGUCAAAACCUGAAGAGAAGAGUACAGACAGCACUUCUACCCCAGCUACUGUUAGUUUUGCCCCCUCUGCAGAGAAGAGUGACAGUCCAGCACCUUCAACUAUAGCACUGUCAGACAGCACAUCCACCAUCACUAAACCAACCACAGGCUCUUUGUUUGGAGGUUUGGCAACCUCUGGGUCUGUUACUUUUGGAUCAUUAUCAGCUGAAAAGGAGACACCUGCUUCCACAUUUUCAUUUGGAAAACCAGAGGAGAAAAAGGAAGGCUCCCCUGCUCCUUCAGCAUUCAUUUUUGGUGGUGCCAGUAAAGACCCAGUGCCUGCUCCAGCCCCGGCCUCAACUGGAGGCUUUUCCUUUGGUAAACCCUCAGCUCCUGCAGAUCAACCCGCCUUCACCUUUGGCAAACCAGCAGACAAGAGUGAAGCUUCUACAACAGAGCCUUCAAAGCCAGUGUUCAGCUUUGGGCAAAGUGUUCCAGAUUCAACAGCUGCUCAAAAACCAGCAUUUUCGUUCAUGGCAAGUAAUCCUACCACUAACUCCACAUCCUCCUCCACCUCCACACCCACAGCCAGUCUUUUUGGAAACAGCACCGCCUCAGCUCCAGCAGCCGCUCCUUCUCCUGUCCCCAGCACCUUUGUGUUUGGUCAGCCCUCUUCCACCACUGACCCUUCUCAAACCAAAACCUUUGUCUUCGGUCAAAGUCAGGACAGUCAACCGGCCGCGCCAUCGGCCCUGAACACCACCCCAGCACCUGCUCAGCCCUUUAUUUUUGGUGCUUCUGCUAAUACUGUUUCUGCUGCUCCCUCCUUCAACUUUGGAGGAGCAGCGCCCCCUGCUGCUGCCUCCACAGCUCCCUCAGCUGCCCCAUCACCGUUUGUCUUCAAUUCAGCCUCUUCUGGAAGUUUUGGGGCCAAUCAGACCCCCUCUUUUGGUUCUUCAUUUGGAUCCCCAUUCCCAGCACAGUCUUCUCAACCUCCAGCCUUUGGGGCAAACACCAAUACAGCGCCUGUGUUUGGACAGACCAACUCUGCACCCGUUUUUGGUGCUGCUGCUAAUUCCACACCAGCAGGUGGAGGAUUUCAGUUUGGAGGUGCCAGUGCGUUUGGCGCCUCAAACACUGGUCCAGGCGUGUUCACCUUUGGUGCAGGUUCAGCAUCUCCUGCUCCAUCUGCUGCACCUGCCAUUGCGCCACAGCCCGGAGGAGCACCUGGGGGCUUCAAUUUCUCACAGGCUCCAGCGUUUAACAUUGGGUCAAAUAAAUCGUUCCCAUCUCCUGGAGGACAAGCUAUUGCAGGACGCAGGAUUAAGACAGCGGUGCGGCGUCGGAAGUAGAACCCUGUGGACUCAACUUGGAAGUAGACCGGACUAAGACUUGACUCAAUUUGACGUCUGAAAGAUGGUCGGAGGUCUCUACUAAAGUGGCUGUUGUCCUGGACAUACGGAUUGGGUUAGCUUUCACAUGUAGACCAGAGCCGUUAAUG